UUAAAUUUUUUUCUUCUUUGCAUAUUAGUUCGUCGUGUCAUUUUCUCCGCAAGGUCCAUGUGUAUUCGAUCGUCGAGCAGUCUCUUCUGCGGCCGCGAAUAAAUAAAAAAGAAAAAAAAAAGUCCUUUCUUUUUUUUCUGUUAAAAUCCACACAAUACAAAAGAUUUUCAAUCGGGCUUUUUCAAACUGUGCAAAAUCACACAAAAUCUCCCAAAUCCAUAUAAUAAUUAUAUUCAGUGUCUCGAGAGAUAUAAAAAGUUCAAAAGAACAUACAUCACACACAAGAAAUUCAGUGAAUUUUGUGCUGCAAAAAUGCUAAUCAAAGAAUACCGAGUUACAUUGCCAUUGACUGUUGAAGAGUAUCAAGUUGCACAACUGUUCUCCGUUGCGGAAGCAUCCAAAAACGAAACAGGAGGUGGUGAAGGUAUUGAGGUGCUUAAAAAUGAACCAUUCACUAAUUAUUCCUUAUUGGGUGGAAAAUAUAAUUCGGGCCAGUAUACAUAUAAAAUCUAUCACUUGGCAUCAAAAGUUCCAGCUUUUAUAAGACUGUUGGCCCCAAAAGGUUCCUUAGAAAUACACGAGGAGGCAUGGAAUGCUUAUCCAUAUUGUAGAACUGUUAUAACGAAUCCUGGCUACAUGAAAGAGAACUUUAUGAUUUGCAUUGAAUCCCUCCAUAUCGCCGAUGUGGGAGAGCAAGUGAAUGUUCAUGAAUUGCCACCAGAGAAGCUUAAAGUACGUGAUGUUGUUCACAUUGAUAUUGCCAAUGACGCUGUGACGCCUGCCGAUUAUAAACCUGAUGAAGAUCCAACAAAAUUCAAGUCAGCAAAAACUGGCCGAGGUCCGCUGGUUGGACCGGACUGGAAAACCAAAGUGGACCCUGUUAUGACAUGUUACAAGCUAGUUACAUGUGAAUUUAAAUGGUUCGGAUUACAAUCUAGGAUAGAAAGUUUUAUUCAGAAAUCAGAGCGCAGAUUAUUUACAAAUUUCCAUCGGCAAGUGUUCUGUUGGACGGAUCGUUGGUAUGGACUAACAAUGGAUGAUAUUCGUGCCAUUGAAGAAAAAACCAAAGAAGAACUAGAUAGGCAACGUCAAGUCGGUGAAGUGCGAGGUACUCGCGCUGAUUCUGAUUAAAUUCCAUGUCAAAUAUUUUCCAACAACAACAAACAACAACAACAAAACUGAGCAUUAUAGUGUUAAAAAAAAAAGAUAACGUAAAGUAAAAAAAUAGCAAAAAACAAUUGUAAAACAAAAGCAACAAACUGAAAAAACAGUAGCAAGUAGGCAAGUAAUAAAUUGAGCAAUGAAAAAAAAAAUAUAAUUAUUGUAAAAUUAUGCAAGUAAACGGUAAAAACGAUUAAAAAAAGAAAAAAAAAAUGAGAUAAAUGUGUUAUUAUUGAUAUAGAUAUAUAUAUAUAUAAAAAAAUAUUAUUUAUUUGUAAAUGCGCCCAGGUGUAUUAUUCUAUUCUCUUAUAAAUGUGUGAGGAAAAAAAAAUUACAAAAACAAAAUAGAAUACAAAAAAAAAAAACAAGUUAUAAUGAAAAUAAGUAAAUAAAACAAAAAAAAAUCUUACAAACAAACAAUGCCAGAAAAAAAGUAAUACAAACUUUUAAAAAAGAAAAGUUAAAAAAAAACAAGAAAAUUAGUAUUAAAAAUAUAUAUUUAACUAUAAAUAAAUUCAAACACAGAAAAAAAAGCAAAAAAAAAAUGGUUUAUUACAUGAAAUUAAGUAUUUUAUUCGUAAACGUAUUUAACAUUUACAUACAUAUAUACAAAUUAUAAAUAUAUAUCUCUAUAGAUGAAGUUAUUGGACAAGGUUACACAAAAUUCAUAAUUUGAAGUUUAUUAAUUAUUAUUUGCCGACGGGAGUAUUACUUUUGGAUGAUUCAAACACUUCUUAUCAGAGUUUUUAAUAUCUAAUGUGGUUAUUAAAAAAUGGAAAAAAUUCUUAAGUUAUUGUUUAUUUUGGUAAUAAAAACUGCUGAUGUUACAACUUGCACUAUUAGGGUUUCCUAGUUUUCUAUUAAUUACGGUUAACUUUCGGAAUGACCUUCACAAUUAAAGUUUUUUUUAUUAAACAAGACAUGGACUUUGUUGAUGUGUUAUCACUUCAGUUCUCAGACCUAUUAAGACCGUGGUUGAUUGCUAGUUGGACCUACAUAAGUCCUCAACUACACCUUAGGGCCAUCUAUUUUUGAAGGUUUGCAGUUUCUUUGUGAUAAUUGAUGUAACGUUCAAAGUGAUGCAUCCGUAUAGCAGUACGGAUACAAAAUUUGAGCGGUUCAUUUGAUUUCCGUUUUAAAGCUGAAAAGGUCAUUCCUCAAAAUAUCGGCUGUUGAUAUCUUGUUCGUUUCGGCUUCGGUAUAGAAAAUAUCCAAGAUAUUGGGAAUUGAGGAGGCUGUUCAUUUAUGCUUUUCUCGAUUUUAACUUUUCUCUCCACCCUUGAUGUCAUUUGAUAUAAAUUCAUGAUCCUUUCUUUGAGAGAGCUGCCAGCGUAACCUGAAUGUUUUAGAUUAAAUGUCGGGGUCCAUCGAGUUCCUCCGUUUCCUGUCAAGACUUCGUUUAAAGCAUAAAUUAACAAAUUAUUCAAAUAUUGACAUUCCUUACAUAAGAAAUUUAUUUUUGUUGCUAUCAUCAUGUCGUCUGCGUUUAGAAAAAAUGGGGGCAAUACUCUACUGUGUACUGAUUUUUAUGUAAUAUCUGCGUAACUUGUUUGCUUUAAACUAAUGCAGCUUAACUUCUCAAAUAUGAGAAUGUGCAGUCAUUUUUCGCUGUUAAGUCUGUUAUGGAACUGGCUAAGGGGAUUUUGACCCAGUGUAGUGGUAAUCAAAACAACAAUCUGCACAUUUUUUGGAGGCUUUUGUUAUUUUCGCAUCAAUAUCUUAAAAAUCAAAUGUUUAUAUGUAAUUGUGUUAUUUUAGUCUUGUAAAGUUUGACGAAAUCUAAUAAAUUAUUCAACUGAGAACUUGUUAAGUGUUCGCAUUAAACAGACAAAAUAAUGUUUGAAAGUCAAAAACGAUUUUCAAAUAAAAGCUAUAGUCAAUAAUCAUCCUAGCCUAUUCAACAUCCUGAAAAAAAAAAGAGUGAACGCAAACUAUAUGACGAUUGCUGUCUCUAUCAAAUUUAUAGUAGAAACGUUUGAAAAGCUCUUAACCGAAUAGGCGAAUACGAAAGCGAGUGAACACAAACUUUUUGACGAUUGCUGUUCUAUCAAAUUUAUAGAAGAUAACAGAGAACCGUUGCCAAUAUGUUUAUUUUCUAUUGUUUUCGCAAACGUGAACGUUGAAACUAAAAAAUUAGUAAAGUUUUAGACUGCUAACCAAGAAAAAUAUCUCGUUUCAUUCAUCUAACUAAAUUUUUGUUCAGAUAAUGCCGUUUGCUAAAAAAUCAAUCCCAUAUGUUUCCUAAAUUUGCUUAUUUUAUUCAGAUGUAUAGUGCGAUAGUGAAUAUCCCUCCAACUUAACAAAAACAGCCUAGCUCCUCUGGAAAAUUUAUUGCCGAUGAAGGAAACCUACAAGGAAAUCUUUUAGUAUUAUUUACGUUACGAAAGAAAUGAAACAUUUUCAGGGAAAUUUGUAUUCCCAUUUGUUUCUUAACCAUACAGUGGAUAUCGCGAAUAUUUAUUUUUUUUUUUUCUUUUAAAUGAUGCUCAAAAGUGUUCCUCAGAAAUUAUUGGCAUUGGCAGCUUUCCUUGUGAAAGCUUGGAUAGAAAGUCGUAUAAUAAACUACGCAGGAACAAAAUAUUUCCAGGAACACAUUUCCCCUGGAGUUUUGCUAUAAAGCUCAUUAAAGAGAACAAUUUUAGAGUAAAAUAUAUUCAAAUCAAGAGUUUCUUUUUGGGAUUUUUUUGAUUGAAUCCAACGGUUUUUAAUAAAAGUGCGCUUACAAAAGGAACGUUCAUGAAAUAUUAGGGUAAGAUAUUUUUAGUCAGCCUCAUUUUCUAAACGGCAAUUUAGUAAGAGGAAUAAGGAAUAUUUGUCUUGACUAAAUUUACAAUAAAAUUGACAAAAAAUGUUUUUCUCUUGAGAGCUUACAAUCAGAAACCCGAAACUAUACUAACUUUUUUGUGUCGUUUCUCAACCUGUUUAUUAUUACCAAACUAGUUAAAACAGGGCGUACCUAUGUACCUAAAUAGUGAAGAAAGUAUUUUAUAAUGUGUGAUUUUGUUGCUGGCAGUGCUUCCAUUUUAUUUGAUAUCGAAGGAUGCAUUUUCGCUGUUUAGCCCAAUGAUGUCAACCUUGGUGUUCUACGACGAUAAAUCCUUUCAGGUCAUAUAAUUAUUUUGGAAUUAAUUUAAGUCUGUGCUUAUGGUUAUCCUGUUGGUUAAAAACUUUUGUCUUAAAAUCGGUGAAAGUUUUUGUUUUAAACAUUAUAAUUUGGGAGUGAUUUUUUUUAAAAGAGAUAUCAUCAGUUUUUAAUUUUUUUUCUUUUAAACCUUACUAACCGACAAUACCGAAUAUAAAUAUAGCCAACUUUCAAUAGGGCAAAUUCAUAGUCGGUUUUAUACUCCAGUUUAUCUUACACUUAGGUUUAUCCAAUGUUAUUUGUAUAGGAUAAACUCCAGUCUUUCUUAGCAGCAACUUAGACAGCGUCUACGAAUAUGGCCCAACAAGUCUUAAUAUUCAGUUACAUUGAGGCUUUUGUCGGAGCCAAACAAUCUCCAAUUCCAUACGAAUUAUGUUUCGACUUUCGGGGUGUUAUGCCGAAAUACAAAAAUGUUGGCUCUUACGGAUACCUUUCGAUACGGCCGACUAUAAUUUAAAAGUAUUGUCAUCUUCUUUUGAAACGCCUCCCAGAAAUUAUUUAAUGACUAACCAAUUGUGAAUUGUUUAUUUUUUUCUUUUUAAAGAAAUGAGGUUCUUAAGAUAAAGAGAGUUAAAAAAUGGUUCAAAAACACAAGAAUAAGGAAUGUGUUUUCUAUUAACAUUCAAUUGGUUUUCAUAUAAGCGCCUAAGUACUAUGCAAUAUUUAAUUAAGAAAAUUAAUUUAAAAAAUGUGCAACUGUGAAAUGGGUCUUGUUUUGUUGCUUUGUCCAAUAAUUGUAAAUAUAUAUUUCGAAAAGUAACUUUCGAACGUCCAACACCACCACUCAAAA